AUGGAGUAUCCACAAGAGUCUUUCGUCAGGACGACCUUCACCCCAGGAUCAUUCUGGGCCCGUCGACGCGAAGUCGUCCGCGCCCAAACACUCCGCCACCAACUGCAGAUGCUCAAAAAGACUGGGCGAUACGAAGCAUUUAAACUAGGCUGGCAUCCGAGCUACUCAGAUCCUCCAACCGUCUAUCCAGUUCCAAAUCACCAAUUCUGGGAUUCCGAUGUAGCGAAGUGGAUCGAAGGUGCUUGCUACUUACUCACGGACGACUUCGAUGCCGAGAUAGACGAAGCAGUGCAGGAACUGGUGGCGAUGAUUCGAGGCGCGCAGCACGACGAUGGAUAUUUGAAUAUCCAUUACUCUGUCGUCGAACCUGGCAAACGAUUCACUAAUCUACGGGACAUGCACGAAUUAUAUAACGCAGGCCAUCUCAUCGAAGCAGCCCUCGCCCACCACCAAUUCUACAAGAACGACAAAUUGCUCGCGCCAAUUUUGAAAUACGUCGAUCUACUGGCUUCUACAUUUGGAGCGUUGGAGUAUCAAAUCCCUGGCUAUCCCGGACACCCGGAAAUCGAAUUAGCACUACUGCGUCUAUACAAAGUAACCCAAGACGCCAAACACCUCCGCCUAGCCCAAUUCUUCAUCGAGGAGAAGAGGGAGCCCGCACGGCGGGAAGGGGAAACGACACUAUUACGACGUGGAGAGGGAGGCGAGAGGCGAGAGUAUCAACAAGCCCACAAACCAAUAAUCAAUCAAGAGACGAUCGAAGGACACUCAGUCCGCGCAAUGUAUCUUCUCACCGCAGUCGCGGACCUGGUUCGAAUUUCCACAUCGCCCGACACCACAAGUGGGCUGGCAGGUAAAUAUCUACCUACCCUCCACCAACUGUGGUCAAAUAUGGUAGAAAAGAAAUCCUACGUCACGGGUGGUAUUGGGGCAAUGAAGAAAUGGGAAGGCUUUGGAAUCGACUACUUUCUUCCCCACGGAACUGACGAGGGCGGGUGUUAUGCGGAAACAUGCGCGGCGAUUGGAGUUAUGAUGCUUGCUGAACGCUUGUUGCAGAUCGAAUUGAAGCGUGAAUACGCAGAUAUAAUGGAACUCUGCCUCUACAACGCCGUUCUAACCGGCAUGAGUCUAGACGGUAAGGCAUUCACUUACGUGAACCAGCUAGCCUCGUCCGACCAGGAUCUCUCCCAGCGCCACGAGUGGUUCGAAUGUGCCUGUUGCCCACCAAAUGUUACCCGAACACUUGGGUUUCUGGGCGGAUAUAUCUGGAGUCAGCGCGUUGAAGAGUCGGAGGCGAGUGCAAAUUUGAAAGCAAUUGUCAAUGUGCACAUGUAUACAUCCGCAACGGUGAAUAUAAAAACAAAAGUAUCCACGAUUCAAAUAAGCCAAAAGACAGAUUGGCCGUGGAAUGGCGACGUUGACUUUGAGAUCCGUGCCGAGGAAUCCGAAUCCGAAUCCGAAUUCGACCUCGAGUUACGAUUGAGAAUUCCCGGCUGGGCCUCUGAAUGUUGGGAGAUAACCCCGCAUCCCAAUAAAAUCGACAUCCGAGACGGAUAUCUCUACCUAGACCCCGAGUAUAUUCGCAAAUAUCCGAAAUUCCACUUCUCGUGCCCAAUGCAAGCACGCAUAGUCCGACCUCAUCCACUGACGAUGCAGCGAGUCGCAUAUGUCACGCGGGGUCCGAUUGUGUAUUGUGUGGAGGAUAUUGAUCACCCGUGGGAAGGUGAUCAUUUUAAGAGAACUAUAUUCGAUCCGAAAGUGCCAUUGCGAGAGGAGAAACGGUCCGAUCCUGAUUCCUACGUGGCUCUGCUUGCAAACAAAGGCGCUCUGGGACAACUCGAUACUUCUGCAUGGGAUGGGCAGAUCGUGGCCGAUGACCAAGGCGAAGGAAUAAUUACAGGCGAGUCAAGAGAUCUUUGUUUUAUCCCGUAUUAUCUACGUGCGAACCGAGGAGGAAGAGGACAGAUGAGGCGAAAAGUCGAACUACACAUCAAUGCAAACACUUUCCAGAACACCGUCUCGUAG